CGUUAGCAGGAGUGUCAGUAGCAGACACAGCUGUGUGUAGCUGUCAACGGCUCUGUGGUUGGUCGAAAAGUCAGACUAAGCUAGCAUGGUAGCUCCAGAAUUCUACGGAUCCCUGGAAGGAGGAAGAAAAAGAUAUGUACUGUUGCAUGUCCCCUCCGGGGCUCCGUAGUUUCAUGUCUCCUUUGAUGGCUGGUUAGACCUCUCACCAUUUUUGUUAUUUUUCAGGAGGCUCUCAACUUUUCUCCCCCCCCCCCCCCCCCAAAAUCCAGCAAUCAUGUCGUCGCCUCUGUCGAAGCCUCAGAUUAUCGCGCACAUCCAGAAGAGCCUGAACUACACGAUCUUCGACAGCAAAUGGAUCCCGUGCAGCGCGAAGUUCGUCAGCCUGGGCAACUUCGCGAGAGGAACCGGAGUGAUGCAGAUAUACGAAGUGCAGCACGGAGAAGCUCAGCUCAUCAAGGAGGUCGAGAAACCUAAGCCCAUAAAGUGCGCGACAUUCGGGGCCACAUCUCUCCAACAAAGACACAUAGCCACCGGGGAUUUUGACGGAAAUCUCAACAUAUGGAAUCUGGAGGUACCUGAAGUACCCGUGUACAGCGUAAAGGCCCACAAAGAAAUCGUGAAUAGCAUCGACGGUGUUGGCGGCCUGGGGAUCGGCGACGGCGCACCUGAGAUAGUCACCGGAAGCAGAGAUGGGACAGUGAAGCUGUGGGAUCCCAGACAGAGGGAUUCACCUGUCGCCAACAUGGAGCCUGUGGAAGGAGAAACCAAGAGGGACUGCUGGACUGUCACAUUUGGUCACGCCUUCAACGAUCAGGACCGCUGCGUGUGCGCCGGCUACGACAACGGCGACAUCAAACUCUUUGACCUGCGGAACAUGUCUCUACGGUGGGAAACCAACAUUAAGAACGGGGUAUGCUGCGUGGAGUUCGACAGGAAAGACAUCAACAUGAACAAGCUGGUGGCCACAUCGCUGGAGGGAAAGUUCCACGUCUUCGACAUGAGGACACAGCACCCCACCAAGGGCUUUGCCUCUGUUUCCGAAAAGGCUCAUAAGUCGACCAUCUGGCAGGUGAGGCAUCUGCCUCAAAACAGAGACAUCUUCAUGACUGCAGGGGGAGCAGGCAACCUACACCUGUGGAAAUAUGAGUAUCCUGCCGAGAGAAGCAAGAAGGACUCUGAUGACGUGGACAUGGGCGUGGCCGGCUCCGUCAACCUCUUGCAGAACGUCACGCUGUCCACUCAGCCCAUCGCCAGCCUGGACUGGAGUCCCGACAAGCAGGGCCUGUGCGUGUGCUCGGGCUUUGACCAGACGGUCCGCGUGCUCAUCGUCACCAAACUCAACGUGGUGUGAAAACAAAAGGAGUCGACAAUAAAGACUAAUGUGUGAAUUAA